AUGGGAAUGGGAACGGGAACGGGAACAGGAACGGCCGAGCCCUCAGAGCGCCAGGGGCGGGAACGGCCGAGCCCUCAGAGCAAUGGGAACGGGAACGGGAACAGGAACGGCCGAGCCCUCAGAGCCCCGGUGGCAGGAACGGCCGAGCCCUCAGAGCCCCGGGAGCGGGAACGGCCGAGCCCUGAGAGCCCCGGGAGCGGGAACGGCCGAGCCCUGAGAGCCCCAGGAGCGGGAACGGCCGAGCCCUCAGAGCCCCGGGAGCGGGAACGGCCGAGCCCUCAGAGCCCCGGGAGCGGGAACGGCCGAGCCCUCAGAGCCCCAGGAGCGGGAACAGCCGAGCCCUCAGAGCAAUGGGAACGGGAACAGGAACGGCCGAGCCCUCAGAGCAAUGGGAACGGGAACAGGAACGGCCGAGCCCUCAGAGCGCCAGGGGUGAGCACGCACAGGAUCUAUGGAGGAUCUUCAGGAUCUAUUCUAGCUACAGUCGGAUUGUGUGGAUGUGAUCUGGAUGAGUUAAAGGAAUAUGUCCUCAGUCGCUUGAAAAUCUCUCUCUGGGGGCUGGUCCCUGGAAGAGGGGUACCUAGACUCCUAAGGGAGACCUUAGACAAAUUCCUGCCUCCAAAUGCCCACGAGCUGGUGUCUGGAAAGCUGCACAUUAUCCUCACCCGCCUGCACGACUGGAGAUGCGUGACAGUGUCCGAGUUUGCCUCGAAGGAGGAGCUGAUUCAGGCUGUGAUGUGCAGUUGCUUCCUCCCACUGUAUUUUGGGAUUUUCCCUCCAACGUUCCGUGGGGUGCGCUACGUGGACGGGGAGCUGGCCAUGUGGAAAGCCGACUUCGUGUCCCGCACCACCAUCACCAUCUCUGCCUUCGCCGGCGAAUACGACAUCUGCCCCAAGGAUGGCCCCGCUGCCUUCUUGACCUUCCAGCUCUCUGACUGUAUCUUACAGAUCUCAAAAAUGAACAUCUGCCGCUUACAGCACAUUUUUCAGGUUCCCACACGUCAGGUCAUGGACCGCUUUUAUAUCCAGGGCUACCAGGACAUGGUCUCCUUCCUAAAAAGACUGAGGGAUUUCCAGGUGAAUUACUUCGAGGGCUUCACACUUUCCUUGGCCAAUGAAUCAAAUCAGAAAGGUGACGAGACCCUAUCAUGA